CGCCGGAACUCUGCGUGUUGGUGAAGUGCUGCCGCCUCACGGGGGCGCUCGGGCGUCUCCCGGCAGCUGUAAGCGUCCUAUGCGAAGUCUGGUGCGACCCUUAAAUUUAGCUGUGAACACCCGAGCGCUUUAUGUCCCUGAGUAGCGAGCAGAGCGCUCUAAGCAGCCCUGGAAACGUUCUUUCCGUACAGCAACAUGGCGGCUCCUGUUGACUGUUAGAAAAGGAGAUUUUUUUUUCCUUUGCCCUGAGAGGAGUGUCUUUCAGGACCACUGUUUAGAUGGGUGCUGUUUCAUGAAGCAAGUCUGGGAAGGCGGCGUGCACUUUUCUGACAAGGGAGGCGGCGAGGAAGAGAAUGUCUGUGGUGCAUGAGCUAUCACCAGGAUGGUUACUGGAUCAUCUUUCUUUCAUUAACAAGAUAAGUUAUGAACUUCACCAGCAUCAUGAACCUUGUUGCAGUAAAAAUGAGCCUACUUCUUCUGUUCACCUUGAUACUCUUCACAUGGAUUCUAUGUCCUCUUUUGGAGCCUCUGCUACCUGUAUUGCUUCUACCACUAAGCCAGAAAAUGAUGAUGGAGGAAAUUGUGAAAUGUUCAUACAAAAAUAUGUUUUUCGAUCUGAACUGUUUGAUGUCACCAAACCUUAUAUAACUUCUGCUAUUCACAAAGAAUGCCAACAAAGUAAUGAAAAGGAGGAGCUAGUAAAUGAUGUUAAGAAAGAAAUCUCCAUUUCUGUUAAUGGGAAGAAGCGUAAGAGAUGUGUUGUUUUCAAUCAAGGUGAAUUGGAUGCUAUGGAAUACCAUACAAAGAUCAGGGGGCUGAUUUUGGAUGGAUCUUCACAGUUAAUCCAAGAAGGUCUCAAAAGUGGCUUUCUUCAUACACUUUAUGAAAAACGGGACAAGUAUAGUGAUCCCAUUACUUUACCACUUGAUACCUGCAAUUUGUCAGAAUUAUGUGAAAUGGCAAAGCAUUUGCCUUCUCUGAAUGAAAUGGAACUUCAGACAUUACAAUUGAUGGAAGAUGAUAUAUCUGUUACGGAGCAGGAUUUAUUUUUACGGAUUGUUGAAAACAACUCUAGCUUUACAAAAAUGAUUACUUUAAUGGGACAGAAAUACCUGCUGCCACCAAAAAGCAGUUUUCUUUUGUCUGACAUUUCUUGUAUGCACCCGCUUCUGAACUGUAAGAAAACAUAUGAUGUAAUUGUGAUAGAUCCACCAUGGCAGAACAAAUCAGUUAAAAGAAGUAACAGAUAUAGUUAUUUAUCACCACUGCAAAUCAAGCAGAUACCUAUCCCUAAGCUGGCUGCUCCAAACUGUCUUGUUGUUACCUGGGUGACGAAUAGACAGAAACACCUGCGUUUUGUUAAGGAAGAGCUUUACCCUUCUUGGUCUGUGGAGAUAGUUGCUGAAUGGCACUGGGUAAAAAUCACCAGUUCGGGAGAGUUUGUGUUCCCAUUAGAUUCUCCACACAAAAAGCCUUACGAAGGUCUUAUACUGGGAAGAGUUCAAGAAAAAGCUGCUUUACCAUUAAGGAAUGCAGAUGUAAAAGAGCUCCCCAUUCCAGAUCACAAGUUAAUUGUCAGUGUGCCCUGUAUGCUUCACUCACAUAAGCCACCUCUUGCUGAGGUUCUAAAAGACUAUGUCAAGCCAGAGGGGGAAUGUUUGGAAUUGUUUGCUCGAAAUUUACAGCCAGGUUGGACUAGUUGGGGCAAUGAAGUUCUCAAAUUUCAACAUGUGGAUUAUUUUGUUGCUCUGGAGUCUAAAAGUUGACUAUGUCCUUAAAAUUGUGUUUUUCUUCAGUUUUUCCUCACUCCUUCUCCCUUCAUUCUAAUAGAUUUUUCCUUUUAUUACCGACCAAUACGCGUAGAGAUGUAAACAGGACUUGGUUUUUCAGCAAAAUGAUGAGAAGUGACUAUCUGUCAUAUAAUUUUGAGAUGAAUUUUACUUCAGUUGCACUAGUAUUUCACAUUAUUCUGGGCUCUGCAAAUAAAGAGGUAAGCAGUUAGAAUGAUGGCAAGACUUUGUUACUGAUAAAGUUCAGGAAGCAUGCACUAUGGACCUGAGGUCACAAUUCUAUGUAUGGGUGUGUUUUGUUUGGGCCAUAUGGUGUUGUAAAAAAAAUUGGAGCCAUCAUUCUAAAAAAUCAGGAAAUUUCACAUAAUAAGUCCAUAUUUCUGCCUUUCUUUAAACAUCAGAAACUCUGGCUACACUGCGGCCUGUGUUCUUUCCUGGCAUCAGUCUGUGGGACCCAGUGGUGGCAGCUCAUUUGGGAAGGGCCUUGUACUCUUCAGUUUAUCACAGUAACCUUGUCCCAUGCCAGUCACUUAUAUUGUCUACCUGACCCCUGUACAACCUGAAUUUAGAAUGUCUAGUAUACUGCUACAUUCUGGAAAAUGUAUUCAAAGACCUGCUGAGUACUGCAUCAUUGUACUGAGUUCAUGAAACAUUUUUUGGAGGGUUUUAAAUUUCAUUCAGGGUCACUUUUCAAUUACUUUUUAGUUUUGCUUGUUUUUCUAGAAGAAAAAUAAAUUCUUAAUAAUGUCAGAAAGUAAACACUGUUUGGACUUAAUUGAUAUUUAUAGAACAUUCCAUCCAAAAGCAGCAGAAUACACAUUCUUCUCAAGUGCACAUGGAACAUUCUUCAGGAUAGAUCACAUGCUGGGCCACAAAGCAAACCUUGGUAAAUUUAAGAAAAUUGAAAUCAUAUCAAGCAUCUUCUCCAACCACACCGCUAUGAGAUUAGAAAUCAACUACAAGGAAAAAACUGUAGAAAACACAAACAUGGGACUUCCCUGGUGGUGCAGUGGUUAAGAACCUGCCUGCCAACGCAGGGGACAUGGGUUCAAGCCCUGGUCCGGGAAGAUACCACAUGCUGUGGAGCAACUAAGCCCAUGUGACACAACUACUGAGCCUGCAUUCUAGAGCCCAUGAGCUGCAACUACUGAGCCUGUGUGCCACAACUACUGAAGCCCAAUCGCCUAGAGCCAGUGCUCUGCAACAAGAGAAGCCACCACAAUGAGAAGCCUGUGCACUGCAAUGAAGAGUAGCCCCUGCUCACCGCAACUAGAGAAAGCCUGCAUGAAACAACGAAUACUCAACACAGCCAAAAAUAAAUAAAUAAAUAUUUGGAAAAAAAAAAAAAACCACAAACAUGUGGAGGUUGAACAAUGUUACUAAACAACCAAUGGAUCACCUAAGAAAGAGGAAAUAAAAAAAUACUUAGAGACAAAUGAAAACAAAAACACGACAAUACAAAACCUUUGGGAUACAGCAGAAGCAAUUCCAAGAGGGAAGUUUAUAGCAAUACAAUCUUACCUCAGGAAACGAAAAAUCUCAACUAAACAACAUAACCUUAACCUAAAGCAAGUAGAGAAAAAAGAACAAACAAAACGCAAAGUUAGUAGAAGGAAAGAAAUCAAAGAUCAGAGCAGAAAUAAAUAGAGAUGAACAAAACAAUAGAAAAGAUAAGUGAAACUAAAAGCUUGUUCUUUGAAAAGAUAAACAAAAUUGAUAAACCUUUAGAUUCAUCAAGAAAAAAGGGAAAGGGCUCAAAUCAAUAAAAUUAGAAGUGAAAAAGAAGUUACAACUGACACCACAGAAAUACAAAGGAAUCAUAAGAGACUACUACAAGCAACUAUAUGCCAAUGAAAUGGACAACCUAGAAGAAAUGGACAAAUUCUUAGAAAGGUACAGUCUUUCAAGACUAAACCAUGAAGAACAGACCAAUCACAGACCAAUAUGAACAGACCAAUCACAAGUACUGAAAUUGAAACUGUGAUUAAAAUACUUCCAACAUACAAAAGUGCAGGACCAGAUGAAUUCUAUCUAUCACAGGUGAAUUCUGUCAAACACUUAGAAAGGAGUUAACACUUAUCCUUCUGAAACUAUUCCAAAAAAUUACAGAGGCAGGAAAACUCCCAAACUCAUUCUGUGAGGCCACCAUCACCCUGAUACCAAAACCAGACAAAGAUACUACAAAAAAAGAAAAUUACAGGUCAAUAUCACUGAUGAACAUAGAUACAAAAAUCCUCAACAAAAUACUGGCAAACCUAAUCCAACAAUACAAAGGGUUCAUACACCAUGGU